ACAGACAUCUGGGAUCAGCUGUUUGUGUCAUCAUUUGCAGUGAUUAUCAUUGAUAUAUACCUCGAUUCAUACCACACGUGAUUGAACUGCUUUGACAACUGGUGUGUCCAUCGACUACAAGACACAUCACCGGACAAUACCAUCCCAUUAGCGGAACCAAUCAUUAGGGCCGAAGAUGUCUUACUUCGACCGUAUGGUGAAUCUGUUCCGGAAGAAUGUGAACGAUUACCCCGUGUUUCAAGUGGUGGAAGUGAAGCCCGAAGACUACGUCCACUAUCAGGUGAUCGCCAGAGAGGAUCCGCUGUUUUGUUACGCCAAUCACAUCGCCAACAAUGAGAUCAACUACGAGAUCGUUGUCUUCAAAGACCUUCAAAGCAAAACCGCUUACAGCCUAAUUCGGUGUAAAGUGCGGACAGAAGUGGACACAUAUUUCAAGAGUUUUAGUGAAAAAUUACCGCAAAUACUACUGAUUUCGCCAAACAGUAUAACCAAUGAAUUUCUACAGGAAUUCUCCAAUUAUGUUAGAGAACACCUGAACCAGAGUUUGGCCCACAUUUCGGCCUAUUUUGGUCUCAACGAGUUCUUCAGGCAACUGACGGCCGCCGACGAGGAGAUAAUCAACAAUCGGUGUCCCGAUUCGGGAAUGACUCCAUUGCAUAUCGCCGUACGGACGGGUCGUAUUGCCACCAUUCAGGCCCUGUUGGCGCUGUCGCCCAAACUCGACGUCGUGGACAACGAGAACAAUAAUGUCCUGCAUUUCGCCGCCAACACUACUAAAGAGAUUAUAAACAAGAUAUGUCUUAGCGUUCAGAACAACGCGAAUGGCAUUAAU